CCUCCCUUAAAACCGGGCUCACUCCUUUUUGAACUCUCUCUCUCUCUCUCUCUCUCACUUUAAACUCGUUCAUAAUAUAACUGAUCUCCGUUAUUCUCUCUCUAUACAUAUAUAUGUAUAGACAAGUUCUGUAUAUGUACUAGGUGGGUUGUUGUCUCUUUUUGCAGCUGAGUGCCAUGGAAGGCAGUUUUUCUUCCCCUCGAGCGGAUUCCUUCCCCGCCGGACUACGCGUUCUCGUCGUCGACGACGACUUAGCGUGGCUUAGAAUCCUUGAAAAAAUGCUCAAGAAGUGUUCUUAUGAAGUGACAACAUGUUGUCUGGCAAGAGAGGCUCUGGACUUGCUUCGUGAAAGAAAAGACGGAUUUGACAUUGUAAUCAGUGAUGUUAACAUGCCUGACAUGGAUGGGUUUAAGCUUCUUGAGCAUGUUGGACUUGAGAUGGAUCUUCCUGUCAUUAUGAUGUCCGUUGAUGGGGAGACAAGCAGGGUAAUGAGAGGCGUGCAACAUGGGGCCUGUGAUUAUCUUCUCAAGCCUAUAAGAAUGAAAGAACUUCGCAACAUAUGGCAACAUGUCUUUAGAAAGAGGAUACAUGAAGUGAGAGAUAUUGAAGGCCAAGAGUGCAUGGAGGAAAUCCAGAUGAUGAGACAUGGAUCUGAACUAUUGGAUGAAUGGCACUCGUUCAGUGGAGGCGAGCUUAAUUCAGGAAAGAAAAGAAAAGAUGUUGAAAGCAAGCAUGAUGACAAAGACUUCGGUGAUCCUUCUUCAGCGAAAAAAGCUAGAGUGGUUUGGACAGUAGAUCUGCAUCAGAAAUUUGUCAGAGCCGUAAAUCAGAUUGGGUUCGAUAAAGUCGGUCCUAAGAAAAUUCUUGACUUGAUGAACGUACCAUGGCUGACGAGAGAAAAUGUAGCCAGCCACUUGCAGAAGUACCGCCUCUACUUGAGCAGGUUGCCAAAGGACAACGACCUAAAAGCUGCUUUUGGUGUGGUAAAGCAAUCGGAUUUAUCUUCACAAGACUCACAAGGAAGCCUUGGCCUUCAGAAUUCACUCAAUACCCAACAAACUGAUGCUGCUAGUGGAAUUUAUGGAAUAUCUGGCAAUAAGCCUACUACGCAGAAUGCCAAUCCAAAAUUCUGUGAAGGUGAUCUAAAGGGUAUUGUUUCGGUGCCACUGAUAGAAUCCAAGAAAGCUACGAUUCAUGAUAUUCCUGAUCCUCUAAAGGCCAGCAGUUCAAGGACGGGCCCCAAUCAUACUUUUGGACCACUGGAACCAGAUGUGAAGUAUGGAAGAUUUGAUUCUCCCAUACGGAAACAGUACUCUUGGUGUGAUGUUCCACAAAUUCAGUUUAAACAAGAACACAAAGUGAAUCUUCAGAUGGAUAAUGGCUUCAACCAUCUCCCAUCUGUUAGUUCCAGACCUUUUACCAGAGAAAGAGAGAAACCGGGAUAUAUGGACGUCAAGCCUCCUUAUACCAAGUGCAGCAACCAACAAAUAAGACAAGCCAUCCCAAUUGGAAGUGGAGCCAACUCGUUUCAUGUUCAAUCUGAAAACCACGUAACGAGUUUUCAAGCUGCUGAGCCAACUCUCAGUACUACUACAUGGAGCAUGAAGAAUCACGGGUUAAGUCAGAUUUUCAUAAACAAUAUGGAAGCUGCCCAACGAAACCUAAUUUUGGGAAGUAAUUCAGGUUUUGCUGCUAUGGAUGGGGAUUUACUCGCUUGUCUACUUCAGGGUGACCGUUGUACAACAAAUGUUGAACUCCUGAACAAAGAAUCUCUUAACCACAACAGUCAAGAUCUCUUUGCGGAAACUCCAGCGUUCGUGUAUGACGCGCAGAGGUUUGACUACGAGUAUCCUUUGGAAACGAUGGAGUAUCCUGUGAUAGAUCAAGGCCUAUUCAUUGUCUGAUUGAUCUAUGGGAGCUAUUCCUUGUUAGAUAACUUCAACCUACGAAAGGGAACCCAAUAUUUUCUUCCCUUGAGAAUCAGUAUGUAUGUAUUUCCCAAUGACUUUGGACAUUAACAUUGGAAAACGUAGAAUUGGAGUGACGGUAAUAACUAAUAAGCAAGCUUCAUGGGAGUGCUUAGAACGUA